AUUCACUUCUUUAAAUUUAAACGAAAUUUAUACAUUUCAACAUAGAAUUUUCUUCUCAAAUUACGAUCAAGCUUUUUAUUAUAUCGGACAACAAUAUGGCUAUCCAAACGAUUUCAAAUUUUAGACUGCAAUGUAUGUCGAUUGCAUGGAAAUUAAAUAUCAAUGAUUUAACAUUCGAAGUUAUUCAAAAUUUAAAUGAUGAGACCACCAGUGCAAAAAAGUGCAUUGCAGCAAAAUGAAGCAAAUCGUUUGCAACAUCAUCAACAGACACAUAAGCAUUUACAACAACAAAAACAAUUGCAACAGCAACCGGAUAUUAUAGCAACAAACUUUAGUGAUUUACAGCAAACCGAAACAAUAGCUCGAAAAUCAAAAUUAGAACAACGUGAAUUACUUGUUGAGAAUCAUUUAAAUAGCGCCUGUUUUGCUCAAGUGCAUCAUCAGCAGCCUACAACCAGGCAACCACCGCCGCCACCACCGCCAGUAACAGCCAGAACAAUAGCACGCAAAUCAUUGCCAACUUAUUACAACGAUUGUUAUCAGCAGCAGCAACAGCAACAUCCCACUCCCCAUUUAGCUAAUAGUGGUGGCAUUCAAAACAAUAGAAGAGAUUCUUCAGCGACUGUGAAAUUACUUGAUCUCAGUACAUCGCCACCAUCACUAAACGAACCACAGUUUCGAAAUCAAACAACAACUUCAGCUGAAGUAUUACAGAAUCGCAUUUCCUCCAGCAACAAUACAAACAAUAGCCAGCAACGUUUCUCAUUUGCCAGCCAGUAUUCAUCACGUUCAUCGUCCAGUGACGACAGUAGCAGUAUCAGCUUAACAACUGCCUGUGCUAGUUCAGCAGCUGCAUCGGCAGAAGUGGGAGCUGGCCAUUACAAUACCUACAACAAUACAUUCGAUGAUGCAGCAGAAAAUUUCAUUAUAAAUUUUCCAGCCGAUACUUCACCCCUGCCAGCUCAACCGUCACUUGUUGUUGCGGCACACUCUGACUAUUGUCUGCCAUUGUCCGAAACGGAACCGCUGUUGACGAAUAUUGAGUCAACUGUCAACGAUAAACAACGUUCGAUUUAUCUAAAUAAGAAUAGUGCUUCCUUGAUAUUUACGCGCAAGGACUUAUCAACACAAACAGCAGCAAAGACUGCAGCAGCCAACACAUAUCAGCAACAACAAAAGCAACAGCAAUUUAAAUCACAAUCGAAAACAAAUAAUAAUUUUAAUGGAACGCCUGCUUCGCUCAGCUCCAAAUCGUUUCCAGGUACAACUUCAACAGCUACAAACAAUAGCGGUGGCCCAACCAAUGUAAGACGUCAAAAUCAUUCCACGUUACGUUCAUUUUCCGAAGAGAAUUACAAGCGUAAACCCACAAAGCAUUUACCAGCAACAUAUCAUCAGCAACAUCGUCGUAGCUUACAACUUAAUUACAAUAAUAAUCUUGUGACUACAACAACUUGUGGCACACACGCCAAUAACAAUCACUGUUGUGGUGGCAACAGUAACAGCGGUAUAUCCAAUUCAAAUUCAGCAGUUUUGCAUAAAACUCAUCAUAGCAACCAACAGCCGUUGCAACGACAACAACAACAACAACAGCCCUUAUUUAAGCAGCAGCAACAGCAGGGUCAUCACUAUCAGCAUUGUAGUUUAAAUUCAAAUACAACAAACAACACGGCAACUGCAACACGCAAACAAUACGCGUACUCUUGGUACGCUCCCGUCUAUAGUGCUCUUGAGGAGGAACUAGAACAAGAUUCUAGGGAUUCCUCGCCAAUUCACAAUCUGGCCAAUACAAAGAAACAGCACAUCAACCAAUACCAUCAAUCUCACGAUCUUAAUUCUUCGCUAGCACCAACAACUGAUAACGAGACAGAAGCACUACUAGAAACCCGCCAUAAUAUUAAUAUACAAGCUCAUCUGCCGGCCAACAAUCUUAAGAAAGAAUCGAUAACUAAACAACUUCAUCCCGCAAAGUUAUCACUACAAAGUACACGGAAUCCCUUGGGCAAGGGGAAUCAUCAAGCGACCAAAGGAAUUGGCCACAGUGGUGGAGGAGACGUUAACGCGGUCGAAGGAUUUUCAAAUUAUGACUUGGAGGGCCCUCAUGCAGGCUCGUUGGGGCUUGCUGGGGGCCCACAACCCAGGCGUAUACGUUUCGGCAAUUUUCUUAAAUCUUUGGUCGGUCUGCGACCAUCAGUAUCAAAUCGUAAUGUUAAUGGUGUGGUUGGUGCAAACACUUCAAAUUCUACGGCAAAUGAACCAUACGAAGAUGAUGCUGGCAGCCCACCAUUGGCAAUACCAUCAUCACCGGAAAUUACCAUUACGCGUACGCCUUCCGAACAAAAUAUGGUCGUUAUGCGAGAUCCUUCGGGUUACCGCGAGUACAAUGCCUACAGUAGUAGGGAAAAGUUAGCAAAUUUCCAUCGUGAGAGAGUUGUCAAGUCGGGCAGUACGUCAUCCCUAAAUGUUAUGCAACAAAAAUUGUGGAAUAUUAUGCGUAGAGAGGGAAGUGCAAUAAGUCUGCAUCAAGAGAAAUCACAGUCUAUUGUCCACUAUACGGGUCUUAGGAAAUGUGAAACGGUUUUAGCCCUAACACGACAAACAACAUCUCCUUGUUCACCCACAAUGGGUGCGGGUGCGGGUGCUGGAGUUACGAGUAGUAAUUCCAGAAAUCAUUUAAGUGAAAGUCAUGCAACACGUCUGUCGUAUACGGGUAGUGGUAUAUUCAGUGCUAGUGGUGUGGAGCAAAUACGUCCAUUAAAUCGACUGAGGAAUAGUAUUUCCAGUAUGAACAACACUUGCUCAAGAUGUUCCAGCCUCCUGUCGUUGGCUGCCUCCAGUUCAAGAUAUUCUUUGAAUAAUACAACAAAUCCUAUGGCUCAUACUUCCCAACAGCACCUACGCCAAUCUAGUAACAUAAGCAGUAGUAAUAUUAGUAAUACAUUUAGUCGCAGUCGCGAUGGAUCUGUCGAGACCGGUCUCCAUUUCGCCGUUAAGCGUAAUAGUCGAACAUCAGCCUUGGGUUCACAACGAAAUUCCACCUCCGGUGCCAAUAGCACAACCAGCAGUCGAACACCAUCAAUAACCUCACCCACAACAACCACCGCAACUACCGCUUCCACAAUAAAGCUUACAACACCACCCACCGAUAAUUCUUUGUCCGUACCUCUUCUCUCGCCGCCAACAACCAACUCCAUGUCUUUAACAUCAACUGUAAUGGCACCAGUCCUCAGAGAGAGUGUAAGUUUUCCCGCUGAAUCAGCGUCUCUGUUAAAAGUUGCCAACAAAAAAGAAACGUCAACCAUCAAAAUCAAUGAUGAGGGUGAUAUUAGAAAUGUGGACUACGAUGUGAUUGAUGGUGUCUAUAGAAAUAACAGUAACAACACCAGUGGCGGCAGCAUUAUCAACAAACCCUGUUCUUCAUCUACAUCCUCCUCCAACUCCACACUUUUACCGAUUUCACAAGUGAACGUGACUUUAUCGACAAAUCCAAAAACAUCAGCUUCAACCACCAUCACAGAAACAGCUGCAGUUGCAUCCACAACAACUGAAUCUAUAAUGGCAACAAUAAUGCAACAUUGCAACACUCCAAAUGACUCCCUCACCCCUACUACUACACCAACAGCAACACAAGCACCACCAGCACGUCCAUUCGAAAUGUUCACGUGCAAGUUGUGUCUUAUCGAUGUCGAAAAUGCCAGCAAUUCAACUAUAUUACACCAGUGUGGCUGUCAGUUUUGUACCGAGGUAAGUUACCUUUUUUUUCCUUUUAUAUUCUACCUUUGUUUACUUGUUCUUCCACUUUCACAUUUUCUUUUUUUGGUGCCAUUCAGUUGUGCUCCAUUGAAUUACUGACUCCAUAGAGUGUGAAUUGAACACAAGGAUUUAUGUAGAGAAAACAUGUUUU